AAAUAAUUUGAGAUAGUAGUAUGCCGACGGCGUUCCGAUUACCCCCACGCCCCGUGCACGCUACAGUGCCCCGAGUAAAGGCAGUUGAUGGCUUGAGAAAAGAAUUCACUCACCUCUCCAACAUAAAUUCUAAUGGAGCUAGAGUUAUAUACGUUACUGGACUUCCCGGCACGGGGAAGAAGUCCGUGUGUGCUCAGUAUGGCGAGGAGUUCAUGAAAAUGGGAGGAGACAAGAAGAGAGUAGUGUCCACAUGGAACUUAGAAACACCCGAAUCUCUAUUCAGGAGUCUGUGUGAUUUAGCUGUGAUGAUGGGAGCUCCCGCCAACACUGAAACUGUGAUCAGACGAAAGUGUCAGCUCAUGGCAAAGCGGAUCAAAACUGCCAAACGGAUUUAUGAGAGCAAGAAACACGGUUACAAGAUGCUGCUGAUCCUGACUAACGUUGGUCAGCAAAUGAAGAAUCUGAGGCAGUAUUGGCCACAGCACGGCGAUGAACAAUGGGGUGAUACUCAGGUGCUGUUAUGUGUAGAUGAUGUCGGAGAGCUGGGGCUGGCUAACGCUGAGAUCAACGAACUUAGUCUGAACGGAGGUCUGAUCGAGGAACAAUCUUUGGACCUGCUGAGAACACUGUCUGGUAAGAAAGAUGACGAUGAUGGUGCCAAGUACCUUUUGAGAGAGUUGAACUAUCAUCCAAUGAGCAUUGCUCACACCGCUAUAUUCCUUCGAUCCGUUCUACAAAAUCCCGACAACGCCGGGUUCGGCUGGAAAGAUUGUUUGAUCAGAAUAGAAAAACUAAAGAUGGGAACUGUAGGACAUUACAACACCAAACAAAGUCUUGCCCUUACGUCCAUCCUGGAAAACAAUCAUGCAGUUUCUGAAAUGGCCAUCAACAGGCUUGGAAGCGUUAACCCAUUCUUAGAAUCCGCAUUCACAUUUUUGGCAUUCUGCGACAAAGACGAUAUAUUCAGUGUCCCGGUUGAAGUGAUAACCAACUUUGUAAUGGACGGUUUGAAGACGGAUGAUGAUGUUGAUAAUACCAAAAUGGAGAACUCAGUUAGGGCCACAAUCAGAAGUUGUCCUCUGUUUUUGGUUCCGAGAUCUAGCAUAACUGUCCAAACUAAGUCUGUCAAGAACACCUUGCCUGCAGAUACAGAAGGGAUCUUUCAGUCUUCUCUCCCCUCCAAAGUGGACCUUUUGCCUGAAAUCGGAGAUGGUAGCUUGACAGCAGCCGCCAAAAAAGUGCUAUGCCCAUCUACUGAGCCAGAUGAAUCUAUAAAGGAAAUUGUCAGGGAAGCAACAAGACCACUCAGUCGCCCAGCCACCCAAGAAAAGGAACCCAGCCGACCAUCAACUCGCGACCCUAAGGAAUUCAGUCGACCAUCAACUCAAGAAGGUAAAGAACGCAGCCGCCCAUCAACUCAAGAGAAGAGUCGGCCGGCUAGCAAAGAAGUAAAGGCUGAAACUCCAGUCAAAAAAGCGAGCACACCUGCAGAGAAAAAGGCAGAUAGUCGUCCAGCAACCCAAGAAUCUAAGGCUGCCGACAAAAAUCUUCCCACUACUCCAGCAUCUGAAAAGAAAGCAGACAGUCGCCCCGCUACUGAACAAUCUAAAGCAUCUGACAAAAAGCCAGAAAGUGCCCCUGCUGCUGAAAAGAAAGCAGACAGUCGCCCUGCUACUCAAGAAGCUAAGCCUUUUGAAGAGAAAGCAGAUAGUCGUCCCGCUACUGAACAAUCAAAGGCAUCCGACAAAAAGCCAGAAAGUGCCCCUGCUACUGAAAAGAAAGCAGAUAGUCGCCCCGCUACUGAACAAUCAAAGGCAUCCGACAAAAAGCCAGCAAGUGUCCCAGCUACUCCAGAAACUAAAACAUCCGACAAAAAGCCAGAUGAAAGUAAACCUGCAGACAAAAAGGAAGAAAGCAAGCCUGCUACAGAUAAAACUAAAGCCGAUGACAAAAAGGAAGAAACUAGUCGCCCAAGUUCCCUGGAAAACAUGAACCGUUUGUCAAUUGGAGAAAACCUUCCUCCAUCCCCAGAGGCAGACAAAAAAGUAAAGCCAGCAGAGGAGCCGAUUGAGGUUAAAUCUGCUCCACCUACACCUGAGCCAGAAAAGAAGAAGAAAACAGUCGUUGACACCGAGGAGGUUGUUGGUGAAGGUAAAGACGGUGCCCCAAGUGCUCAAUCAGGAGAAGUGAAACCACUGAACGCUGAGCCUCCAUCAGUUGAGGCUGGAGAAUUCAAACCUCUUAUGGCCAAACCCCCUCAACCCAAAUCUCUGGCAGAAAGGAAAGCUGAAGCUAAAGAAAAAGCUGAGGCUAAGGAGAAAGCUGAUAAGUCACCAACAGUGGAGGCUGGAAGCUACAAACCUCUAAUGGCUGAGCCCCCUAAAGCAAAAUCUCAACCUCCUCAGCCCAAAGCUCAGCCCCCUCAACCAAAACCUGCGGGAGAAAAAGUUAAGCCUCCUCAACCAAAACCUGCGGCAGAAAAAGCUAAGGCCCCUGAACCGAAACCUGCGGGAGAAAAAGUUAAGCCUCCUCAACCAAAACCUGCGGGAGAAAAAGCUAAGCCCCCUCAACCAAAAUCUCUGGCAGAAAAGGCUGCUGAGAAGAAAGAAGCUGAGAAACCGGUUGCAAAACCAGCUGCAAAACAAGCUGAGCCUGCUCGACCCAAAACUCCAGCCGAGAAAGCUAAAGAGUCAGCUCAGAUGUCGGGAAGUAUUGAGAAACCGGGAAUUGAUGGCAGAAACUCUGCUGCUGAUCGAGUUGUCGAGGCCAGUUUGUACGGAAACGUACUGAUUUCCGGAGAAGUUCCUAUCAUGAAACGAGAAGGCAGCGUGGUUGUAAAUGUGGAAGAUACUCUCCGAUCGUUCGAGGACGAGGUGGACGCCAUAACCUUCAACAACAGCGUACACAAUGCAAUGAGGAAAUUUGCAAGGAACGCCGUCUUGCGAAAAGUUAAGGGUGGACAGAGUUCCAGUUCCGCCCCCGAUACUGUUGCACAACAACGAAAACUCCAACUCCAGCAAUUUGUACAAGCAACCAAAGUGCUUCUUUUGACCUACGAGAAGGUGUACGAAUCCAAGGAGCCAACUGACCUUGCCAUGAAAAGAAUGUUGGGACCUCAACUGCAGUACUUUGUAAACUGUAUGCUCACCAAGUUCAACUUCAAGAACAGAGUUUCCGUCCGAGCCCUCAAGUUCUACGCUGAUUCUCUGUUACUGCUGGGAGAGCUCGUCAAGGCUGAGGAAGCUUUGGAAACAGCUCAGAACAUUGCAUUCCAGUGCUUUAAUCCUACUGAUUUGGAUCUGUUCGACAUUUUGAGGGACAGAGCUAAUGUUCUGGCCAGACUGGGACAGAAAGAAGAAACAGCGGGAGUGCUGGAACAGUGCCUGACCAUCAUUGAACAACUGGAUGGUGAAGAUAUGCUGACCAAGGAGAGUGAGCUUCUGAACGAACUCGCUCAGGUUCACGGUAACAUUGGUAAUCUCAGCUACUCAAACCAGCUUCUAGAAAGAUCCCUCAGUAUCCAGGAGAGUCUGUUCGGAUCACAGGCUCUGGAGAUCUGUGAUACUCUGAGCAGACUGGCCAUGCUGAGGAACAAGAUGGGAGAACCAACACAAGCUCACAGCCAGCUGCAACGUGUCAUGAGGAUACAGGAGCGACACGACGUACCCCGUCACGAGUUCAGCGGUACCCUGUGCAAUAUGGCUGCAGUAAACGCAGCUCUGGGCGAGCACGAGAAGUCUAAAGUGUUGUACCAGAGUGUCCUGGCUACCCAGGAGAAACAGUAUGGACAGUGGUACCCGGAGAUUGCCACAACUCUCUCAAACCUUGCUAUGGUUCGAAUGGCUCUAGGAGAAUACGAAGAGGCAAAAGAUUGUCUUGAGAGGACACACAAAAUCAGAUCCAGGAUAUACGGAAAGAAUCACCCUCUGGUAGCUUCCACUCUGACCAACCUGGCUAGUGUAAUCUACACCAUGGGAGACAUGAAGAAAUCCAUGCAGUUGAAUGAGGACGCCCUAGAAAUCCAGAAAGCUUGCUACCCCGACGCUCAUCCUCUCGUAGCUGUAACCCUGAAGAACAUGGCUAUGAUCGAAAACUCAACUGGCAAUCUUGACAGAGCCAAGACCCUUUACGAGAGAGUGCUGAUGAUGGAGGAGCUGAUCUACGGAGAAUUGCACCCUUCAGUUGCUUCAACCCUCAACAACCUGGCUGACACAGUUCUUGAGCAGGGAGAGACCGCUAAAGCCGCUGUCCUCUUCCAGAGAGCCUUGGAGACAAACGAAAUAAUCUUUGGAAAGGAUCAUCCUGAUAUUGCCAGGAAUCUCAACAACUUGGGCAGAGCCUUCAAGGAAAUGGGUGACUAUGAUGGAGCUAAGACCAAACUGAAUAAGUCCCUGGAAAUGAAGGAGAAACGUUACGGAGAAGACCAUAUCAACCUGGUACCAACCCUCAUGAACCUCGGCGACCUCUUCAACCUCACGAAACAACCUCACCGAGCCAAGGAUGUUCUCGCCAGGGGUCUCAAAAUAUGCGAAAAGAAAAUAGGAAUGAAGCACCCAGACUCAGCCAAAUUGCUGAGACUACUCGGUAACAGCUUCUAUCUUAUGGGAGACCUCGCCACUUCAGAAAAACUCCUUAAUAAGUCUCUGGACAUUUUAGAAGGAGUAUACGAAGGCGAUCACCCUUACAUCUUAGCGACACGUGCAGAUUUGGGCGCUUGCUCAAGACCUGUCGGAACUCGAGUAUUUUAGGGGACCUCUUUGUUGCUAGAGGUGAUCAGACGUUGCUAGGUGAUCAGAUCAAAAGAGAAAGAGAAGAUAGAGAUGGUGGAUAGACAUGAUGUUUUUAGAAAAUGAAAGAUAAACCAAGUAAUUAUUGAAAUAAAACCGGCCGGUUACUAAAAACAUUUGCAUCAAAACGUUGCUCAUAUUUAUUAGCUGCAGUCCUUGGUGUCCUGAUGCAGGAACUUUUGGGCGUUUUUUGUUUUGUUUCUCACAGAACCUUUUAUUUCGACCCUAAAAAGUUCGUUUCCAGCAGAAAAUUACCAGUGUAUGAUUUAUGAGAAGUUUGUAAACUUUUUCUCCAGUAACUUAGAGACAGUGCAGCAUUAUGCUUGCAAUGAAGAUUUAUGAGGGAGUGAUUUUUGCUUAACAAGUGCUGCUAGAUGUUUAAAUAAAAGCACUUGUUGAAUGUAUAAAACUGAAUUGCAAUUUGUGUUCUGCAAGGUGAUAUGCUUGCAGAGCUUUUGAAA